AUGGCAUCUAAGACCCAGCAGACCUCUCUUGAUGUUCACGUUUUUUCCACCAUGACAGGCCAAGGGAAGAGUCAAUUGACACAGAAACCUGUGCUUAAGAAAUGCAAAGAGCCUCCACGGAGCUUUGAAGAAUUCUUAAAGUGUCAAAACUGGGAUUAUUGGCCCAGGAAUGUUUUUUUUAAAAAUAUUAAUACACGGGAAGACGCUAUGAAAAAACUAGAAGAGGAGAGUUCAUUUACUUCUAUUUUUACUCAUCUAUGGACCAAUGUUCCUCAAGUAUUUGAAAUUUUCGGCACCAUGGAGUCAAGAUUAAAGGAAUGUGAACAUCUUUUGCAACGCCAUUCCUCCAAUUUAUUUGACUGUGACAAAAUGAUUUCCAAGAAAAGUUCGUGUGCAAAUCUAGAACAAUACAAGGCAUUGCUAAAGGAACAUGAUAAGCAGAAGAAGAUAGUGCUUUCAGAUGAAAUGGAGACAGAAAAGAAUAUAGAGGGUUGCAACUUCUCAGGAUUCAGACAAAAUGAAUUAACGCAAUUACCCAGGCAUUUGGAUGCUAAACAGAUUUAUCUUUUUGUUUUAAGAACCCGUAACUUUGAGGAAAACCUUUUUAAAAUCUGGAGAAGCUAUAUUCUCUCAGACUGCUCCAUUGCUCUUUUGCAUGACUCCUUUUGGUGGUGGUUUCUGCAUAAAUUCAAGCCUGACAGAAGAGAUCAAGAUUGCUUAUUUGAUAGAAUCUCAGAAAAUUAUGUAACACUUUUCCUGAGAAUACCUAUAAAGAGAAAGGAUGCAUUCUUUCAGCUGUAUCCUGAUUGUUUGGCGCAAGCCAUCUGUGCAGCAUUCCAGGAAUCAUUUCCAGAAUCCAGUGGCCUCUUCAAUGAUGACUUUAAAGAAGAUCUAGGAAAUACUAUUUACCUUUGGUUGUCAGGUCUAAAACCCCGGAGUGGCUUUUGGAACCAAUGGAGACUAAAAGAUCUCUGCACAACCACCAUACACGGCAGCAGGCGAGCACUGUCAAAAUCGGUGAAAAGCAGGAUCUCCACCAGCCAGGAGCACAUAGUAUCCACUAUAGACUUCAACAUGGAGAAUAUUUUAAAGAACCCAAAAUCUUAUGUGACAUCUGUCCACAAGGAUGAGUCAACCACAUCAAAAGCAACGACAAAGUCCCACUAUAUGAGCUUUGGCCCAGAGUUCUACCGUGUCCUCUUUAACUUCGGAGGUCAGAGCCCGCUGAUCUUGUACUACCUGAAGAUGCAUGAGAUAGGUGGCAUAUCCGUCACUCACAAAAAAAAGGGGAGCAAGUUCACCAAGAUACUCCAGGAGCCAUAUCCUUCUCCCCCUGCUCCUACAUACUAUGAUGUCAUCAAGGAGGCCAAAAAGAAUUUUGCAAUGAACAAAAGGGACCUUAGGAGAACUAAGCAGACCAUCCGAGAAGAGGUCAAGGUUCUAAAGGAACGACAGGAGAAGAUCGACAGGGAGCUUGACCGGCUCCAAGCCAAGUCUUCUAGAAACAUCCAAGAAGUCAAAAAUGAUUUUGAGAAUUUUCUACAUAAAAUGCGUGUUGAGGAUAAAUUCGAGAAAUAUAAAGGGUCAACAAAAUUAUCAGCCAUAGACUUGCCACAGUUAUUAUCAAUCUCAUCGUCGUCGACCUCAGCCACUGACCAGCCAGAAGACUUCAACCACGUGGCUGAGGAAGGAAAGCUGGAAGAAAGCCAGCAGUGA